AUGGGUCAAAUAGCCACUUUAUUAAGUCAAAGUGAGCCACAAAAUCAAGGAAAGUUACCUUCACAAACUAUUAGGAAUUUAAGGGAAAACGCUAAUGCGGUCACAUUAAGAGAUGGCAAGACUUAUGAUCCACCUACUAUUCCAUCAAGUUCAAACGAUGCGUCAUUGCCUCCUAAUCAUUCCUCCCAACAACACAAAGAUGAAACCCCAACCACACCACCAAAACCUAAACCAACUAUUCCCAUUUAUGUCACUAUUCAUCCAUUUCCUAGUCGUUUGAGAAAGACAAAGAAAGAUGAAGUUGAACAGGAAAUGCUAGAGACUUUUCGCAAGGUUGAGGUAAACAUUCCCUUACUUGUCGACAUUAAACAAGUAGCUCGAUAUGCAAAGUUUUUAAAGGAGUUAUGCACCAAUAAGAGGAAGCUAAAAGGGAAUGAAAAGGUGAGUGUGGGGGAAAAUGUUUUGGCAGUACUUCAAAAGAAACUCCCACCAAAGUGUAAGGAUCUUGGAACCUUCACUAUUCCUUGCACUGUUGGAAGUAAAAGGAUUGAAGGACGUUUAUUAGAAUUGGGAGCUUCAAUCAAUGUAAUGCAUUUCUCUAUUUAUACCUCUUCGAAUUUGGGAUCACAUGAAGAAAUUGGGGUGAUCAUUCAAUUAGUAGAUCGUUCUAAUGCCUAUACAAGGGGAGUAGUAGAGGAUGUACUGGUUAAAGUAAAUGAAUUAAUGUUCUCUACAGAUUUCUACAUUCUUGAUAUGGAAGAAGAUUUAGUUCCAUGCUCUACACCAAUUUUAUUGGGAAGGCCAUUUUUAAAGGCAGUUAGAACCAAGACAGAUGUUCAUAAGGGCAUUUUGACUAUGGAGUUUGACGGUGAAUAUACAAGUGGUGUUCAUUCAGUUCCUUCAAUUGAUAUUUUGGACUCAUUGUUGCAAAGAAUUCUUGAUUUACAAGGAGAUGAUGGGUUACAUGUUGUUUUGAGGGAACCAAUUGACUUGAAGAAAGAGGAUUUCACUAAUGAAGUAAAAGAGACGGCGGAUGCACUUAAUAGUGGUGGAGAGGUUUCUAAAGAGGUACCAUUCUUACAGUUGCCAAUUUCUCAUGAGCAACUUCAACUAUCUGUUAAAUCACCACCAAAGCUUGAAUUAAAACCACGACCGGGGCAUCUUAAAUAUGUUUACUUAGGUGAGAAAGAGACAUUACCGAUCAUUAUCUCCACACACCUCAUCCAAGUACAAGAGGAUCAUUUGAUAAGGGUACUUCAGGAAUAUAAAACAGCCAUAGGGUGGACCAUUGCAGAUAUCAAGGGAAUAAGCCCAACUAUGUGCAUGCACCAUAUUCUCCUUGAAGAGGGGUCAAAGCCUUCUAGAGAAGCUCAGCGAAGGUUGAAUCCACCAAUGAUGGAAGUAGUUAAAAAGGAGAUACUGAAGCUCUUAAAUGUGGGUGUGAUUUACCCUAUUUCAUGUAGCAAGUGGAUGAGUCCGGGUCAAGUAGUUCCUAAUCAACUAGGCAUCACAGUUGAAAGAAUGAUGAGAAUGAGUUAG